AGAAGAAGAGGAAGAAUCACCUCCAUUAUCAUCCCGCCGCACACCGUCACGCCUGUUUGUAAGUGCUCAUGUUACACCUCCUCCGGCGAGUGUCACGGCCGCGCGUCACCCUCGCCAGCACCCUCCAGGCCCCGGCACCUCAGGGAAGACACUCUGCACCCACCUGGGCUCUUAAUUACCUCCGUGCGGCCAGGGCGUUUGCAGUGUCUUCAGUCAACAUGUCGAAGCCACGUGUGUUGGUGACAAGGGCUGACAUCCCCGAGAAGGCCCUCGUCAUGCUGAAGGAGAAGUGUGAGGUGGAUGUGUGGAAGAUGUCGUCCCCCAUCACCCGCGAGGAGCUGCUGAAGAGGAUUCCCGGGACGAACGGCCUCUACUGCCUGCUGACGGAGAAGAUCGACAAGGAGUUGCUUGACGCUGCAGGGCCGAGCUUGAAGGUGAUCGGGACCAUGUCUGUCGGCUAUGACCACCUCAGUAUGGACGAGAUCAAGAAGCGCAACAUUAAGGUUGGCUACACCCCCGGGGUCUUGACAGACGCCACUGCUGAGCUCACUGUCACGCUGCUGCUGGCCACCACACGCCGCCUGUUUGAGGCUCACAGCGAACUGCUCAACGGUGGUUGGGCCAAGUGUGCGUGGUCCCCACUGUGGAUGACGGGGUGGGGCCUCAAGGGGUCCACUGUGGGGGUGUUCGGCCUGGGCAGGAUAGGCCAGGGUGUGGUGCGCCGCCUCCAGGGCUUCAGUGUACAAAAGUUUAUAUACUCAGGACGGAGCCCCAAGAAGGAGGGGGAGGAGCUCGGGGCAGAGUUUGUCUCCUUUGACGAGCUGCUGCGUCAGUCAGACUUCAUCCUGGUGACAUGUGCCAUGAAUAAGGAGACUCAGGGAAUAUUCGAUGACGCUGCCUUCGCCAAGAUGAAAAAGACGGCCAUCAUUGUCAACACAUCUAGAGGAGGUGUGAUCAACCAGGAGGCACUUAUCAAGGCGCUGAAGACCAACCAGAUUCGCGGCGCAGGACUGGACGUCAUGACCCCGGAGCCCUUGCCCCCCACCCAUGAGCUCACCACACUUCCCAACUGCACCUUGUUACCACACAUUGGGAGUGCCGAGACACAAACAAGGGAGGACAUGGCAACCCUGACUGCGGCCAACAUUAUUGCCGGCCUCGAGGACCAGCCCUUGCCGGCCCGCCUCUGCUGACUGCCUGCAGGCUAGGCAGAUGGGGCUUCAUGACGGUGCUGCUGCUUGUCGGAAAGCAGGCCCAGAAGAACAAUAAACCUCUGUAGCAUUGAAGAGGCAACUUUCUGGCCAUUCCCUGGUAAUGGAGGGGCACUUCAUGAGGUUUUGAGUGACACAAGUCAGUAUAUGAAUAUAUUUUAUUAUACAAAAUUGUUCAAAUUAAUGAAGUUUAUUUACAUAAAUACAAACUUUAUAUCAAGUAAUUUUAAUUUAAGAGUAAAGUCUUGACAUUGCAUACAGUAAAUAAACAAUUUUACUAAGAUUAUACUGUCUGGCAGCUGGGUAAUGGGUAUACAGGAGGAUCUUUAUGGCUGUAUUCUCCUGUACAGAGCCUACUCAUGGCCUCUUAUCACCACCUGAUGUUAAAUUCAAACAUUAAAGACUGCCUUUCA